CGACACGGUAAUUUAUUUUUUAUUUUAUUUUGUUUUCUCUUUCCCUUAUUCUUAUUCCCCCUCCUUCAUUCUUCAAUUAAAAAUCAAUAAAAAAGGAAAAAAAAAAUUCAGAUUUUUGGCUUUUUGAUGCGCCUCAGGAUGAAGGGAACCCCUUACAAAAUGAGGUGGAGGGCUAAAGAACUCUCUCUGGCUCUCAUUAUUCUUGUAUGUACAACUAUUUUUAUUUUGACAUGGGACAGAAGUCCAACACUUACUUCAACCCUGCCAUCAAAAAAUCAGUUGCAGCUCUCUCCAGAUAUUAAAACUGUACCAGUAGAUCCCAAAACACAUGUGAAAGAAGAUAUUUCUACAUUGACACGGGGUGAAGCAGUAAAUAACAAAGAGGGACAACAUGUUGAUAAGACACAUUCUACCAAUACUGACAAAAGUUCUUCAGACUUUGAAGAAGUUACUAUUCAGAAGAAAGAAGCAGCAGCAAAACACAAACACAGUCCCAAAAGAGAAGAAACUAAUGUUAUUGAAAGCGGAUCAGACUCAAAACUGAUAGCAGAAACAAACAAUGUAAUUUUAAGAGGAAACACUUCAGAACAAGAAGAAAAAAGUGUGGACCAUCAAGCCUGUGAUUACAGAAAAGGGAAAUGGGUUAUAGAUGAUAGGCGACCUUUGUAUUCCGGGCAUGGUUGUAAACAGUGGCUAGCAUCGAUGUGGGCUUGUCGUAUGAUGCAGCGUCAAGAUUUUGCCUUUGAGAAGCUAAGAUGGCAACCAAAAGACUGUGAAAUGGAAGAAUUUGAAGGGUCGAAGUUCUUAAAAAGGAUGAAAGACAAAACCCUAGCUUUUGUUGGAGAUUCAUUAGGUAGGCAGCAGUUUCAGUCUCUAAUGUGCAUGAUCACAGCCGGUAAGAAUAGCCCAGAUGUCCUCGAUGUCGGCAAGGAUUAUGGACUUGUCAUACCACCUGGUGGUAAACGUCCUAACGGUUGGGCUUAUCGAUUUCCCAGCACUAACACUACUGUCCUUUACUAUUGGUCUUCCACCCUCUGUGAUUUGGAACCUCUCGAUAUCCUGAACCCACAAACAGAAUACGCAAUGCAUCUUGAUCGACCUCCUGCAUUUUUAUGUGACUUUCUCGACAGAAUUGAUGUCUUGGUUCUAAAUUCGGGGCAUCACUGGAAUCGAGGGAAACUUAAGGCUAACAAGUGGAUCAUGUACGUCGGGGGCAAACCCAACACCAACAGGAGGAUAGCCGAUAUGGGAAGUGCCAAGAACUUCACAAUCCACAGCACUCUUAAAUGGUUAAACUCUCAACUCCCGAAACAUCCUCAUCUAAAAGCCUUUUAUCGGAGCAUCUCCCCUCGGCACUUCGUAAAUGGGGACUGGAACAGUGGAGGGAGCUGUAACAACACUAGUCCAAUGUCCAUCGGUAAAGAAGUAUUACAAGAAGAGUCUACUGAUCAAAGUGCUGCCAGUGCUGUGAAGGGGACAAGGAUUGCACUUCUCGACAUAACAGCAUUGUCUCAGGUAAGAGACGAGGGUCACAUAUCUCGGUUCAGUAUUACGGCAUCACCCGGUGUCCAAGAUUGCUUACAUUGGUGUUUGCCCGGUGUACCCGACACAUGGAACGAGAUCCUCUUUGCGCUAAUUUAGUUCCGAAUUGUUUUGUUGCCGAACGAAGAAUUCUUGUAGUAUGCUCUGCGAGACAAUUGUAUUAUACUUUCAACGGCAUCGUUUUAACAGCAUCUCGAUGUCGGAUCUUCGGCUCAUUCUUUGUGUUAUAGAACCCACAUAAAUUUGGUGGUUAGUAUACUUAGAAGUAGAUGACCGUCUCUAUAGAUCAUUUAGCUUAGUGUGCCAUUACGUUUUAUAUUUUUACACUUUGUGAACAUUGCUGGAGGAAGCUGCUGAAUAAGAAAGUUGGCCUGAAAAUGAGUACAAUUUGCAGCUACCGAUGAAGGAAAAAAAUUUCUUACAAGGGGAAAAUUCUGGAAAACACAAUAUUGGAAUUUGGAGAAUAUAUGAAACUCCAAACAUUGUUUUUCUAGGUCGAAUGAUGUUGCCUUUGUAUUAUAUACAAUUUAAGGAUUGUUAUAUAAUUUAAUUUGAUAUAAUUUGGUGUUA